AUGCAACGCACGUACAGAAAGGAGCACGCGGUACGAAAGCCGAGGCUGCCUGCUCCGUCGGCGCGACCAAAAGCAGCAACAGGCGUUACCGCCGGCGCCAAGUCCGCCGCGAAGAAUCUGUCGAAUGCGGAGAAAACUCCAUCGAGAAUUCCAACGGCCAGACGAGGCGUGCCCGCACACAAGCAUGCGACAAGUAAAGCGGCAUCGUCAGCCGUGAGCCGCACUGCAAGUGUGCCUAGGGUCGCCGUCACUCACGGAUCACUUCCCAUCGGCGUAGAGGGAGAGCCCAGGGUGGAUGUGUCGAUCGAACACUGCGCUCACAGGCUAUUCGAAGAUCUGUGGCAAGAUGGCGCGCUCUGUGACGUAAUUCUCAAGGUCGACGACAGGCAGUUUCCGGCUCACAGGCUCCUCCUGGCGGCCAGCAGCGAAUACUUCAAGCAGUUGUUUCUCAACAAGGACCUUUCGGCGAACGAUCAGUUCGAGAUCAGUUUGAGGGGCGUGAGCGGUGACGCAGUCGACUUGUUAUUGAGAGGAUUGUACACGGGGAAUAUUCCCUUAUAUGAAAGGUACCUAUUAGACAUUCUUGCGGCCAGCCGACAUCUAAAGCUACAGAGCAUCACCAGCGCCGUCGAGAAGCACAUUCUCAGCUCUCUGUGCGUCGACAACUGUCUUCGUCGACUGCCGAUGUGCUUCAGUCACGGUCUGAACGCGGCCGUCGGCCGAGCACUCGAGAUCGCUGCGGCCAACUUCGACGAGGUAAGCGAUCUGAGCGACUUCACCGCGCUCAGUCCGGAGUGCGUGCUGGCGCUGCUGCAGCGGGACGACCUCUGCUGCGACAACGAGCUGCACGUGUUCCGCAAGGCGGCGCUGUGGAUACAGAGCGACAUCGUCGGCAGGCUGCGCGUCGCCGACGGCGUGCUGGCGACCGUGCGGCUGCCGCUCAUACCGCCGCACGACCUCGUCGAUCACGUCGAGACGGUCGAGUUCGUCAUGGCGAUCCCGGCGUGCCAGGACCUUGUCAAGGAGGCGCUGCACUACCACUGCAUUCCGGCGCGUCAGAGCAUACUGCAGUCGCCGCGCACCGUGCCGCGGCAUCGCGCGCGCCACACGGGCAUCGCGGCGGUAGGUGGCGCCCCGCGUCUCAAAUCCGAGCCGCCGAAUCCGGACGUGAUGUUCUACGCGCUCGACACGGGCGAGUGGAGCUUCCUAUGCAAGGUGAAGCAUCCGUGCCACCAUCACGCCGUCGCCACGCUCGGCGGCUUCCUUUAUAUCGCCGGCGGCGAGGCGACCAACGAGCAGGAGGCGCCGCUGAGCAGGGUACACCGCUACGACACGCGCACGGGGAAGUGGCUGCAGGUUGCGAGCAUGCGCAGACCGCGAGAGAGCUUCCAGUUGGUAGCGCUCUACGGCAUGCUGUACGCCGUCGGCGGUCGCCUCAACCAGGAGGAGUCGCUCGCCGACGUCGAGUGCUACAACCCGGCGACGGACACGUGGGAGGACGUCGCUUCGCUGAGUUCGGCCCGCCGCAGCGUCGCCGUCGCCGCGCACAGCGGAAGGUUGUACGCCGUCGGCGGCUCUGGCAACCGCAUGAUCUCCAGCAAAGUGGAGCGCUACAACCCGACGACGAACCAGUGGGAGAGCAGGCGCCCUCUGGCGCGACCGCGCUUCUUCGCGCAGCUCGCCUCCGUCGGCAGCCGACUCUACCUCGUCGGUGGCGCCACCGUCGACGAGGCGGGCAACCUUGUGUGCGCGCGCACCGUCGAGUGCUAUUCGCCGGCGAGCGACACCUGGACGGAAGUCGCCCCGAUGCUGGUGCCGCGCGCCGAGGCGGGCCUCGUUGCCAUUGGCAACAUGAUCUACGUACUCGGCGGUUAUUCGUGGGACACGCGACAGAGACUCAGCUCCGUGGAGCGAUACGACACGGAGGCCGACGCGUGGACGGCUGUCAGUGAGAUUAGCAGACCCUACACGGGUAUAGGUGGCGCUAUGCUGACGCUGUACGAGCGCACCGACGGUGGCAGCAGCUUCGCAUUUCCGAGUUCGGUUCACGUCGCUUCAGGUAAGGCGGCGUCGGCAGCCGAUAGGAACGUGGCGACGGCGUCGACGAACAACGACGAGUGGGUGAUCAACUCGCGCAUCCUGCAGGCGCAGCCCGAGGACACGCGAGAUGGUGAUGUCACUGCAGGCGAAAUCACAUCACCCGUGCUGCCAUCUAUAUGA